UAAAGGUUGAUGCAUGGAAGUCAGUAUUCAUCUUCCGCUGCGGAGGAAAAGCUGCUUCGUGUAACUCUUUCUAACAUUAGGCCGACGUGGCAAGCGACAGUAACGGAGAGGAAACCGAGGGGACAGGAUGAGGAUUCGAAAUUCUGUCGCAUCCAUGUUCUUGCCGUCCAGCAGAUAAGCUGUUUCACUUCCAACUCAAUACUAAACCCUAAUUCUGGAACCAUUCAGACUCAGGCAGCUGGCAUAUUGAAAGGAUUUCAUGGCAGGCAGUGGCCUGCCUUCUUUGGGUCGUGUGAAGCUCACUGAUCUAGUUCCCUCUGAAGGCCUUCCUUCUGAUUCUUACAAAUUAUCAGUCUCAACUUUGUCUCAGUCACUAGCUCAAUACUCUGCUGCCAUCAUUCAAUUCCCAGCCAGUGAUGGGGCUCUUUUAAGAUCUGGGUUGGAUUCUGCCCGCCUAUACUUUCACCAAAGAGCCUCAUACCCAGCUGCAGACAUGAUACAUACCAAUGAUUCUCGCGAGUGGUGCAAGACAUCUGGAUACUAUGCCGAUCCUCAAAUGUGGCAAGAAUCUUAUGAUUACAGGCCAGGCCUGACUCCUAAUGAGCCAAACAAUGCAAUGGAAUUCCCUCCAGCUGGUUUACCAGAUAUAUUUGCCCUGCUUGGUAAGGCAGCUCGGGUUAUACUGGAUGCUAUCAGCUUCUAUUUGAACUUGCGCAGCUCUCCAUUUAUUGAGAUUCUAGAUAAUGUUCCAUUGAGACAUCGGGAAAUUUCAUCUUCAGUAUUAUCUGUUUGCUGUCAUGCGAGGCCGUCGUUUCAGGGAGCACAACAUGAUUUAGCAACCCCAGAGGGUGGACAGUUAGUUAUGUAUCCGGACCAUGAACACCAAGCUGAUAAAAGCAUGAUAUCUCUUGUUAAGUCAGAUCGGGCAGGAUUACACAUAAGAGAUUUCCAAGGCAGGUGGAUUCUAGUUGAUGGAGAUCUUGGUCCCCAAGAAGCCAUUGUUUAUCCUGGACUAGCACUUUAUCAGGCAACGGCAGGCUAUAUCAACCCUGCGUUACAUAGAGCAGAGGUCAAUAGUAUGCAGGGUAGCAUGCAUGGAAGAUGUUCUAUAUCUUUUAAACUAAUGCCUAAAUCAAUGACCAGUCUCAGCUGUUCAGAGAUGAGAGCAGCUGGUCACGGGGUUGAAGCUCAGUUCCAGCUUCCAGUACCUGUAGAUGACUUCAUGCAGAGAUCCUAUCCAACUGAUCAGCUUUUUCACAGGCAGAAUAUCCACUGUUUUAAUUUCCCUCCAGCCCAAGAUGGGUCUAUGAAGCCCUUGAUGAGGAGAAGGAAAAAUGAUCCAAGAAGCAAACCGUUGCCACCUUCCAAAAGAUUACGGCUCGAGGCUCAGAGGGUUCUGAAGGAGAGGGUUCAGGACAUUGCAGAUAAGAAGGGCAUCAAGCUGAGGUUUUGUAACCUGAAGGAAUGUGAGAAUCAUGUUCACACAUUAGAUAGCCCAUGUGCCAACAUAAGAAUGGAAAUUGGGUGGCCACCUGGAGUACCAUUUGUUCAUCCCCAUGAUCUACCUAAUAAGGCAAAGAUUGGUUUCCUCGAAGCAUAUGAACCUGGUUGGGCAGCAACUCAUGAUAUGGAGUUAAGUCUAACUGAACCUGGGCAGGCCAGUCAACACCCGAAAUCAAUCUCCGUAGUUUCAAAUAUGUGGCCACCCUCAAUCAGCUUAUCGUUACAUGGUUUGGAGGAACUCUCUAGUUUCUCCGUUCUGUUCUGUGCUCCCUUGAACUAGCUUUUGACCGUUCGGCUUUAUCCUCCUCGACCUUUCUGUUCUUUGGGUUCUGUAUUGCUGCUUCCCAAUUCAAGCUUCACCAAGACAGUGAAAGCAUAAAGGUAUCAUCCAUGAACCUGUGAUAGUUAUCUGCAAAUCUGCAAUUUUAAGGAGAGCUUGGUAUUGUUAUGAAGUAGCACUAGAUCAUCUGGAUUUGAGUUCUCGGAGAGAGUUCCCAACAUAUUGCUUGCUCCCUUUCCUUGACAGACUGCAGGUUUGAUGCGACAUCUAUCUCAAAUAUCCAAAUGCUUGAUUGAAAAGGAUAGGAUCAGUCAGAAAUUAAUAAAAAAGAGAAAAUACGAUCAUUAGUUCUACAAAACAUAUCUGACUUUUUUGUUCUUCUUGUGAUUAUUUCUUUUGAAAAGGAACCUUCUUGUCAUUGUAUUUUUGAUCUGAGCCAUAAAACUAAUUUUAUGAGGGGAACAAGUCAUGGGCAUUUCAGAUGAAUGGGGGAGUGAGAAUAUUUGAUCGCGAUAGUCACAGGGUUGUCUUUAUUGGUGAUCUUGAAACAGUGUGCUUAAACUUAGGAUUCCUUGUAAUUUUAUUUUAUUUUUCACACAAGGUUGUAAGAUGAACAGCUAUAACCUCUUCCAUCAUUUUUGAUAACUUUUAUAUACACUCUUCAUAAUAGGGAGACUAGUUAUCAUA